AUGGACAUUUGUUAUAAAGUUCUUAUUGUGCUUCUUCUAAUAAAAUCUGUGCAUCUUUACUGUGGACCAUAUAAUGGACAAAUAUGUAAAAGUUAUUCAACUGGAUAUGUAUGGUAUAACCAUACAGGAGGUUUUGACAAUGAGAAGAUUACAACAGGAUUAUGGAAAGAAAUGAUAUCAAAACUAAAAGAGCCUUGCCGUAGUAGAGCUGAGAAGUUAUUAUGUGCAUAUGCAUUCCCGAAGUGCAUUGAUAAAGAUGGGGUUGGUUAUUUCGCAUUACCACUUUGUUAUGAGGACUGUAUGGCUGUUAAAAUGCAGUUUUGUUAUAACGAUUGGAUUGUUAUCGAAGAACAGAAACGUCGAGGCGUUUUCUUUGAAUCCAGAGGACACUUUCGAUUUCCUGAGUGUGAAAACCUUCCAAAGUUCGCAGGAAAAGGUACUCAAGUGACUUGCAACAAUGUUGGCACUACCAUCAUGGACACAAGUCAAAUUACGACUAUAUGUUACAGAGACAAUGGCCGCUACUACCAAGGUACUAAGAAUACUACAGAAACUGGAUUAGCAUGUCAAGCUUGGGAAUCACAAUUUCCUCAUCAACAUACAAGACCUCCAUUAGUGUUUCCAGAAGUACAGAAUUCUAGUAAUUAUUGCAGAAAUGCUGGAGGCGAAGAACGCAAGCCUUGGUGUUACACUAUGGAUCCAGAUGUGAGAUGGGAAUACUGUGAUAUUCCGUCUUGUGCUAACACCAGUGAUGAAUUUGACAAUAGUAAUGGACCAAGUAUUAUUAUGGAGAAUUAUUUUACCCCAACAUUUGUCCUAUUGCUCUCUAUUGGUGGCCUUGGAUGUGUAUUGGGAAUAGCUUCAGUAGCUUUACUAUGUCACUAUUUUGUUAAGAAUCAUUACUCUAAAUGUAAUGUAUCCAAUCGGAGAAAUGUACAAAACAUGGACAUUGAUUUAGAUAAACUGCCUAGUAAUUUAGCCUAUCACACCACUGGUGCACAAUUAAAUCCCAAAUUAGAGAAACUAGAGUUUCCAAGAAAUAAUAUCAUAUAUAUCAGAGAUUUGGGUCAAGGUGCUUUUGGAAGAGUCUUUCAAGCUAGAGCACCUGGACUUAUCCCUGAAGAAGAAUUUACUCUUGUCGCUGUUAAAAUGCUUAAAGAUGAGGCUUCCCAUGACUUAAAAUUGGAUUUUGAAAGAGAAGCUUGUCUGUUGGCAGACUUUGAUCACCCAAAUAUUGUAAAACUGCUUGGUGUUUGUGCUAUUGGAAGACCAAUGUGUUUGUUAUUUGAAUUCAUGGCCAAAGGUGAUCUGAAUGAGUAUUUAAGAGCUUGUAGCACUGCUACAAACUUUCAACCUUCUGUAGAGAACAGGGAAGAUCUUAGGCUACUUGCCACUCCUCUACACCAUCAAGAUCUCCUCCAUAUUGCCCGACAAAUAGCAUCUGGCAUGGUUUAUUUAUCAGAUAGGAAAUUUGUUCACCGAGACUUAGCUACCAGAAAUUGUCUCAUUAAUGAUGAUAUGGUAGUAAAAAUUGCUGAUUUUGGUUUAUCUCACAAAAUAUACUUACAAGAUUACUAUAAAGGUGAUGAGCAUGAUGCUAUUCCAGUGAGAUGGAUGCCUUUAGAAAGCAUUUUGUAUAAUAAGUACACAUUAGAAUCAGAUGUAUGGGCCUAUGGAGUAUGUUUGUGGGAGAUCUUCUCUUUUGCUCUACAACCAUACUUUGGUAUGACACAUGAGGAGGUGGUCAGAUUUCUCAAGGACGGCAAUGUUCUUGCUUGCCCUGAUAAUACACCCAGAUGUGUUUAUGAUCUAAUGAAACAGUGCUGGAAUACCAGUCCAAGUGAUCGACCAAACUUUAGAAUUAUCUAUCAGACAUUGGACAAUAUUCAACUAAUAUUAGAAAGAAGUCAUACAGAAUAA